UGCACUGGGCCGGCCCAGGGAUCACUGGACAGAGGUUGUCCAUGUUUUCAUCCUAACAGUACCGUGCCCUCCUCACUCACUCCAGACAGACACAAACUGCUAGCUGACAAGGAUUUUCCAUGGCUGCAAACUCUCAGUGUGUACUUCUUGUUAUAUUGCUUAAUUUUCUGACAUUAUCACUUGGCACUCAAGAUGACCUUAUGAUCAGUACAAGCGAUGGGAAAAUUCAAGGGAAAUUGCUUUCUGUGCUGGGUUCGGAUGUUAGAGCCUUUCUUGGAAUUCCCUAUGGAAAACCACCUGUUGGGAAAUUAAGAUUCAGAGCGCCAGAGCCAGUAGAGAAAUGGGAUGGUGUGAAGGAUGCUACCAACUUUCCAAAUUCCUGCUACCAGAUGCCUGAUACAGCCUUUCCUGGGUUCAAAGGUGUAGAAAUGUGGAACCCAAACACUCCUCUGAGUGAGGACUGUCUGUACCUCAAUGUCUGGUCGCCACGUUUCAACAAAACGCAGCCUGCACCACUUGCCCCUGUCUUUGUCUGGAUUCAUGGUGGUGGGUUCAUCUCAGGAACAUCGUCAUUGGACAUUUACGACGGCCGUUUCCUGAGUAAAUCUGAAAGUGUUGUUGUGGUAUCAAUGAAUUACAGAUUGGGAGCGUUUGGUUUCCUGUCUCUUCCCGACAACACAAAUAUCCAGGGUAAUGCAGGCCUUUUGGACCAACGCCUGGCUCUUAAAUGGGUUGCAAAAAAUAUUGCAGCUUUUGGUGGUGAUCCUUCUAAGGUUACUCUGUUCGGAGAAAGUGCUGGGUCUGCAUCUGUUGGCUUCCAGCUGCUCUCGCCGGGCAGCCAGGAUCUUUUUCAAAGGGCUGUGAUGCAGAGUGGCUCCCCCAAUGCAUACUGGGGCACAAUUAGUCAGACUGAGGCCUGGGACAGGUCUCUUAUGCUGGCAAAACUGGUGGAUUGUCCCUCAUCUCCUGCAGCUCGUCUAGAAGUUUGUCUGCAGCAGGCUGAUCCUCAAAAAGUCUCAACCAAGCAAUUUGAGGUUCUCACUCAAUCGUCACUAUUAAGUCUUCCCUUUAUGCCUCAUGUUGAUGGGAACUUCUUACCAGAUGCAGUUGAUGUACUUCUAAGUUCUGGUAACUUUGCCAAGAAAGAUGUGAUGUUUGGUUUAAAUAAGGAUGAAGGGACAUAUUUUGCUGUUUAUGCAGUCCCUGGAUUUAAUAACACCGGUCAGAGUCUCAUCACUAGAAAGGAAUUCUUGGCAGGAGUGACACUUGCAAUGGAUAGUGCGAGUGAUGUCAUGAGAGAUGCAGUCAUUUUCCAUUACACGGAUUGGACAGAUGUGGACAACAGGGUGAAAAACCGUGACUCUGUAUGUAGUCUUGUUGGAGAUCAAAUGUUCAUUUGUCCAGUGCUCGACUUUGCUCACAGGCUCUCUCAACAUGGUGGUAAGCCUUUUGUAUAUUUAUUUGAUCACCACUCAUCAGUCAAUCCCUGGCCAGAGUGGAUGGGUGCUAUGCAUGGGUAUGAGAUAGAAUUUGUAUUUGGAAUGCCUCUGAAUGCAUCUCUGGGAUACACAAAGGAGGAAGUUAAUAUGACCAAGAAGUUUAUGAAACACUGGGCCAACUUUGCUCGUACAGGAAAUCCAGGCCUUGAGGGAGCUAAGUGGCCUGUGUUUACUGUUCAAGAGCAGAAGUAUGUCACACUGAAUUAUAAACAUCCAGAAGAAAAGACAAUGAUGAAAGCAAAAGAAUGUCAGCUCUGGAGCAAAUUUAUCCCAAAAGUCCAAAGCGUGUCAGAUAAACUGGUGUCUUGUCAUAAUGCAAGUGGGAUUAUACUCCGCUGUAAUUAUUUGUUCCUGCUCAUGUUAUUGGCUAUAACUUUAACCUACUGAUGGACUGAAGAGGCCUGUCUUCUACAAAGUUGAAAUCUGGUAAAUGUAAAUUGUCGGUGCCUGUUGUGCCAAUAUAUCAGAGUCCCAGUAAAGCAUUGUUAAUCCAGCUGUGCAUAACAUAUAUAAAAAAAGAUGAACAAGGAUGUAAACACAAAGUCACAAAAGGAUGGUAAAAGUCAGGCCUAGAUUUCCCUUUGAAUUACACUUGGUAAUACGCCUAAUUCAAAUUGCUUAACAAUUACAGAUAGAGUUGCUCUUUCUAAAGCAAUAAAACAUAAUCAUCAAUCAAAAUUAUCACUGUAUUUGACAAAAAAUGUAUUCCUCUUUCAGUUAUACAUAAUUUUUUUGUAUGCAUGCACUGUUGUAUUUACUCUCAGACAGUGAAUUCUCAGUAACUCAAUGAUGUCAAUAAAGGGUUGAACUGUUAUGAAGAAAAAACUUUUGACAUUUAAACAAUUGUAUGCAGAAAGUCUCAUCAUUCGAUGUGAACAGGAUGAACAUAUGGAUAUGGUACAUAUGUCCAAUAGAGGAUGCUGACAGCUAAUGUGAGCAGGUUGAAGGAUGACCCUGUGACCCUUUACCACUGGUCUUCCAAUUCAAAAUAAUGUCUGGGAUCUGCACCGGAGUGCAUGGACUGCACAGGCAGUCACCUUUGACAUGGGGCAUUGGGCUCAAGUCAUUUAACUAUUCCAUUAAAAAAAACAAAAA